CAACUGUUCAUUUCUAACAUACAUAUAGGUUGAAAGAAAAAUGACAAGCCAGCUAACGCCUCUUUCUCUCUCUCUCUCUCUCUCUCUACCUGCAUUGUUACUAUCACUACAAUGUAUAACAAUCCUCACUUUACUAGAUAUAUAUAUAUAUCUUCACUCCUAAUGCUCUGUAGCUCAAGAAAAUCACAGAAUGUUGAAGCUACAGAGGCCAGCCAACAGAUCAUCCAAACAAAAAGAGGGAUUUCAUUUCAAGUUCUCCAAUUUUCAAGCCCUUCAGGUGCCAAAGGGAUGGGACAGGCUUUUUCUGUCUUUGCUUUCUGCAGAAACUGGGAAGACAAUAGCUAAAUUGGGUAAAGCACUUGUUAAGAAUGGGAGUUGCCACUGGUCCAACACUGUCACCGAAUCUAUCUACAUUUCAAAAUAUGAUUCUUCAAAAUCCUACGAGGAAUGCCUCCUCAAGAUUAUCGUUUCAACGGGCUCAACAAGAUCUGCCAACACCCUUGGAGAAGCAAUCAUCAACAUGGCACAGCAUACCACUUCAAGGGCCUCUGCUGCUGCAGUUUCACAGCCUCUUCAAAAAUGCAGCUAUGGCACAAUUCUGCAGGUCAAAAUUCAGCGCCUAAAUCUUCCUAGAUCAAAGAUCAGAGACGAGGGAUCAAAGAGCUCCGAUUCUCAAGAAAAAGUCGAGGAUGUGGAUCAUCACGUUGGCCUGGGGAGGAAAUCGCGUAGAUCAGAUGAGUCGAGUGAUAGUAUUAAUAAACAUACAAGGGAAGAUCCAGCCACCACCUCUCGUCCACUGCAAUUAGACAGCGAGGAAGCAAGUGAAUCAGCAACUGUUGUGAUCAAUAGCAUCAGCUCUAUGGAGGGAUCCUAUGAGAGGGAAAACUCAUUCGGAGAGAGGAGUGAUGAAUAUAGAUCUCAUGAGAGACGAGGCAGGGGAAGCAACGGUGGUGAUCUACUACCUGAGUUUUACUCAAUUGAUGAUGAUGUUGGUGGUGAGACACCAUCAAACCAGUCACCUAUGUAUUUAAGAGAGAAUUUCCAUAAUGAAGCAUCAGUGAGCAGGUGGUCAAUGCCAAAUGUAGGUUCUUCGAGGAAUCUUCUGGAAGCUGCAGAAGACACGAUUGAGGAACUCAGAGCAGAAGCCAAGAUGUGGGAGAGAAAUGCAAGGAAGCUGAUGAUUGAUCUGGAUAUAUCGAGGAAGGAGUUCUCGAAUCUAUCAAAGAAGCAGGUAGAGUGGGGAGUGGAGCUCUCAGCCGCAUAUGCAGAACAGGACUGCUUAAGGAGGCAACUCGAGAAGGCGAUGGAAGAUAUGCAACAGUUGGCCAAGAAUGAGGAAGCUCCUAUCAUUCAGUCUCGGAGUUUUCAGAAGGAGUUGGAGAGUGAGAUUAAGUACCAACAAGAUUUAAAUGAUGACUUGUGCCAGCAACUGAAACAAAGCCAAGAAUCAAAUAUUGAGCUUGUUUCUGUUCUUCAAGAACUCGAGGAGACGAUAGAACAACAGAGGAUUGAGAUAGAGAAUCUUUCAUCUCUCAAGUUGAACUUUGUAGAUCUACAGAAUUCUUUGGAUAAAAGUUCAGAGGAAAAGAGGACUUUGUCGCUGCAACUGGAGCAACUCUGGGAGUCGGAGAGGAAUCUGAAAUCUGAAAUUCAGUUGCUCGACGAAGCUUUGCAGGAUAAAAAUGAUGAGCUGGAGAAGGAAAGGGAAUCACACAGAGAGGUUCUGUCACAAGUGGAAGCGGAAUACAAUCGCAAAAUGUUAGCCAAAGAGGAAGAAAAUGCCAGUUUGGAAGGGAAGCUUUCAGAUUACAUCAAAGAUAAAGAGUUGAAAGGGAAUGCUGAAAGUGAUUUGGAUCUCAUCAGAGAGAUAGAGUCAUUGAAGGAAAAAGUCAGAGAGUUGGAGAAGGACUGCACUGAGCUCACUGAUGAAAAUCUUGACCUCUUGUUCAAGCUCAAGGAUUCGAAUAAGACGGACAUCAGAAAAUGCUCGUCUUUUGGCUCAGUGACAAGUGAGCACCCAACGUCAUGUCCCAGCGAGGAGUCUGAAGUGAGUGACCCUAGAUACCAAGUUUCCAACCUGGAAGGAGAGAUCGGGGAGGAGGUCAGUGUGGAGGUGCAGCUUUCUGGCUUGGAAAGCUCUCAGCAUUUUGCUGAAAUUUUAGAACAAAUGGAUAAAGCUUUUCACCUUCUGACGAAGCCAUGGUAUGGAAGGUCUGAGAAUGGAGGCGAUUAUCUUCACGGUCUUGUGAUUUCAGACAAGGUUAACACUACUAGAAUGUCAGUUGAAUCAAUCCAUAGCCUGUUGCUAGAGCUCAACGAGCUCUUGGAAACAAGGAUAUCUGAGUCUGCUGAAAUUCUUAAGAAUCAUGAGGCUGAGAUCAAUAAGAGAGAUGUCAUUAUAUCUGAGGCUAGAAAGAAAAUGGAAGAGAGCAUUUUGAAAGUUGAAGAACUUGGAAAAAUGAAGGCCAAAAGUGAGGAGAAUAAUGCAAAUCUAAUGAGGGAAUUGGAACAGAAAAAAUCUGAGAUUGGUUACAUGGAGGCUGAUCUUCUGUCAAAGAGAAAGGAGACCGACUUUCUUUUACAUAGACGACAAGAACUAGAAUCAGAAGUUUCUAAACUUCAACAGGAAACGAGCCGUUUGGAGCAGGAUUUAGAAGUUGCAGUAAGGGAGAGGAAAAUCUCCUCAGAAUGCAUGGAGAAUCUUCAAAGUGAGGUCACAGCUCUUAGAGAUGCUGUUAGUUCCCAUGUUUCUGCUAACACUGAUCUCGAAAUUAACAUAAAGCAGCUAGAAAUAAGAAGUCAUGAACUACAGAACAGUUUAUCAGAAUUGCUAGAAGAAAACACGUGGUUGCAGGCGUGCAUUUCUGAUCAGGAAGUUCAAGUGCAUCAACUGAGAGAUGAAAAGUUAGUGUUCUUGCAGAAAAUUGAGGAUUACAAAUCUAGCUUGACUAGCCUCCAAGAUGAGAUCCGCGAAAGCAAAGACGAAAUGGACGUUCAAAUAUUGGAUCUCAAACAAAAAUCAGAAGAUAUAAGGAAACAGUGGCUAGGAGCUCAAGAAGAGUGUGUGUACCUUAGAGAAGAAAACAAUACACUGCAGGCGUCUGCUGCUAGUUCUGCUGCAGAAACUAUAGACCUUCAAAAUUUGAACUCAGAACUGAAGAGAGAAAACCAGAAACUGCAUGAGAAAUGUCUGGAACUGGUGGAUCAACUGAGUGAAAUGGAGAAAAGUCUGGCUGAUUGCACCAAAAAGGUCGAGUCUAUGCAAGACCAUCUCGCGUCAGUACAAGAGGACUUUGUGGUGAGAGAGAGCCAUCUCAAAUCAGAAUUAGAUGCACUUGUUAAAGAAAAAAGCUACCAGAAAGAGAAACUUGCUGAAGAGGAGAGUUUGCAGCAGUUACUCUUGGAGAAGACAACGGAAUUUCAGAGCCUUCAAAAAGAGGUGGAAAGCCUCAGCAAGCAACUAUCCGAUGCUUGUGAAGAAAGGGAAAGAAUUUCCACUGAAGCUUCCAGUUUACUGGCAGAAAAGGCUGAGCUGCAAUAUUCCCUUCGAGAAGCUCACCAGGAAGCUAAAUCGGCCAAAAACAAACUCAACGCAGCUUUGCAAGAAUCUGAGUUUAAAGUUGAAGAAUUGACAAAUCAACUAGCUGCGUCUAAUCAAAGGCUUGACAGAUUGACGACUGAUUAUGAUAGAAAUCUUAAAUUAGUGGCAAAUUACAGGAAAAUCGAAGAAAAACUCAAGACGGAAUUGAAUGACAUUGAAUUGAAGCAUACCAUCUCUGAAUAUGAGUGCCAGCAGCUUACCAGAGAAAUGAGCAGUUUGAAGAUUCAGCUACAAAUCAUGUAUGAGCUUGAAGAUGAAGUCUCAGUCUUAAAAAGCGAGCUCAGAGAAAGCAAGGUCGAUAAGGGAAACCUGGAGGCUGCAUUGCAUACCAUCUCAGGGAAUUAUGAGGAACUGAAGACAGAGAAGAUUUCAUUGUCGGAGAAAAUCACAUACUUUGAGGAUGCCAUGUCUGAGUUGGAGGAAUGCAAAAGGAGCAAGUCGUGCCUAGAAGAAAAGCUUCUGCAAAUGGAGAAGGAUUUAAGUGAAAAAGAGAUUAUAUCCAUCCAAAAUGAGGAUCUUAAACACGAGGUGACUGAGGUGAAGAGAUUGAAGGUGCAGUUUCAGCAGAAGAUGUACAGACUGGAGGUGGAGAAAGACGAAUGCUUGAAGAAAGUGCAAGCUCUUGAAGAUAAUCUAAGACUGAUGGAGGAGAAAAGCAAAGAGGGAGCUCAUAAUUUAGAUUUCAAUGAUGAAGAUCCUCUCGCUGUCAGUGUGGAUAGCACGACAAAGAGACAGAUGGUUGAGAAUGAAACUGCAGAGAGCAGGCAGAAGAAGAAUGGGGGUAGAGACAAGUAUGAAAGAACAAAGUCUUCAUUGGAAACAGAGCUACGGGACCUGAAGCAGCGCUACCUAGAGAUGAGUCUUAAGUAUGCGGAAGUGGAGGGGGAACGCGAGGAUCUUGUCAUGAAGCUCAGAGCAACCAGGACUGGAAACAGGUGGUUCUCAUGACUCCCCCGGCCCUAGUACUAUACAUAUAAACAUGUAUGUAUGCAACAACUAGUACUAAAGUAGUAGAUGCACUAGCAAAUCUGCUUCUGCAUAUAGGAGGAGUAAGUAAUAAGUCAUGAUGUCACAGAGGUGUAUUGUAUGCACAAUACAGACUCAGAAUAAACGAGAUAUAUAUGGAAAGUUGCACGUUCAAGGAUCUAUGUUAUAAGUGGAUGAAUCAAUUUAGUUUUCAAACUUAGUGUAAUUAUUUAUAAUAAUCUAA